GCUGGCUGCAUCGUAGUUGUUUUGUCGUGACGUAACGGCCGGCAACGCAACAAAAUGAAAUCGAAUUUAUUAUGGCUCGCGAGUCAAUUGAUUUUGAUUGCCGCCGCAGUAUAAGGUAAAAAUAAGUGUUUAUUAAGCCCAAAGUGCUGUGUUGGCGACAAAUCGAUAACUGCGCGGUUACUGGAAAUGCUGAUCAUUCGGUCUUGAGCGUUCAACACGUGUGUAGGGUGUCUGGAAAACCAUUAAACCGACCCACCUUGAAUUGUUUGUAUAUGACUUUCAAACAAAAAGCUAGUGUCAUAGACCGCAUAAUAAAUUCGCAAUUAUCUAAGAGCGAUUUCUGUGUAAAUACAAGGCGGGCACUUCGAAGUGAUAACUCUGGAUCCGCGUAGUCUACAGAUUAGAUUGAGCACACGGUGACGACCAUGCCCUGAUACACCAGAUUGACCGAGAAUCAGGGCAAUGUAUUGAGCUUCACCUGUCCACCUGUCCAGAUGCAGAAAACCAGCUAACGGCAUCCGCUUCGAGAGCUCUACGUAAGAUCUCGUGGCGUUACAUCACGCUACGUUGCACAUUACGUCAGUGGCCGUUACACAAGUUCAAAGAUGAAGGAGUGGUUAAAGAUAUCCUGCCUGCUUUGCGUCUUUGGCUUCAUCCGCGAGAUCCGUCCAUCAGAGCCCUACGUCACGGAGUACCUGCUGGGGCCCUGGCGGAAUAUCUCGGAGACGCAGUUAACACACGAUGUCUAUCCAGUGGGCACCUAUUCCUACCUGGUGCAGUUGGUCUUUGUUUUUCUGAUAACAGACUUCCUGAGGUACAAGCCACUGAUCAUCACUGUUGGAGCCACUGGUGUGAUAAUAUGGAGUAUGCUCAUCUGGACGACCAGUCUGCUGUCUCUGCAGAUCUUAGAGUUCUUUUACGACUAUAUGGCCGCCGAGGUGGCCUACUAUACGUACAUCUACGCAAAGGUGGAUAAAAAGUACUAUCCUAGAGUUACCUCACACACCCGAGCGGCUAUGUUUGCUGGCAAACUGGUUUCCGGGAUCACUUCGCAACUGAUGAUCAACCUGGAGCUGAUGAAUUACAAGGAGCUCAACUAUAUAACGCUGGCCACUCAAAUAAUUGCCAUGAUUUCUUUUGGCCUGCCCGGCGUGGACAAGAGUCUUUAUUUCCAUCGGGAGCCGUGCCCAGAAGAUCCACAGACUCAGUUGCCCGGAGAAGGCAACCUGGAGGUGGAGGCGUAUCAGGAGAGUACUCCAAAACAGCCACAUGCUCGUCUUUUGUGGCUUCACUUCCGCAAUGCCUACACCAAUCCGCGUGUCAUUCAAUGGAGUCUGUGGUAUGCCAUCGGACUGGCUGGUUACCUGCAGGUCACCUACUACGUGCAGGUUCUGUGGAAGGUGAUCGAACCGGAGCCACUGAUUGCCUGGAAUGGAGCAGUGGAUGCUGUCCUGACGGCACUAGCUGCUUUGUGUGCCCUGGCUGCCGGUUAUCUGCACACUGACCGUCUUAGGCCAAGAACGUCUCUGCUAACCCUGGCCCUUUUGUCCGCCGUGGAGGGCGGCUGUGUGCUGAUCUGCUUGACGGAGGACAUAUACUGGUCCUAUGCAGGAUUCGUGCUCUUUGGUGCCCUAUACGGCUUUACCAUCACGGUGGCCAGUGCUGAGGUGGCCAGGAAUCUGCAGGAGGAAAGCUACGGCUUGGUCUUUGGGGUCAAUACGUUUGUGGCCCUUGUCUUCCAAUCUCUCUUAACCAUGAGUGUCACGGACACAGGCUUUGAGCUCGACGCUGUGGGUCAGUAUACGGUCUAUGCGUUUUAUUUUGCCGUCGCCGUUCUGUAUCUGAUAUCCGUGCUGGUUGAGUGUUUCAUCUUCCGCGACACCGAAAGCGAGAAGUUGGAGAAUUCUCUGGAUUGAUUCCCGAUGCAUUUGGAAAGUACUUAAAUUCGCCUGCUGGCAAGCUCAACAACGUUACUUAAGAAAGACAAGUUCCUAUGGAUGAAAUAGAUCAUAUGGUAUUACCACGAUGGCUGUUUAUAUUCCCAGAAUACAUAAGCCAUCUAUUUAUCUGCAACCUGUUGCCGAUUUCUUAGUGUUUAGUGCAUAUUUCCAUUUAUAGAGCACACAAUCAGUCUCAAGUGGGGAGGAAUAAAGUACCGAGCUUUUU